ACAAACCGAAUUUGCUUUCAUUUAGGCCAUAUAUAUUUCUUAAAUAGGUUAAAGUCAUAGAGAUUUUUUAUUUUUUUGUGGGAAUAGCACUUCGCCCUGGAGCGGUGCGCAAUGCUAUCUCAUGCCGACCUCCUGGAUGCUCGCCUCGGUGAGUUAUCAUCACCAAACUCCGGUCUUCAACUCUACUGUAAGCUGGAGGCGACUUCUCAUCUUAAAUCAAGCUGUGAAAAUUGUCAAUUUGCUUCUUAGAUGGUCUUAAUGUGACUGAAGUGAGCUAAACUCGCUUAAUUCAUUGGAAAAGUAAUUAUUAUUAUUAUAUUACUGCGUAAUUUGAUUUAACCAUUUUCUAAGAUAUCUUUGGAUCGAAUUGAAUUAAGAGUAUUUAAGGAGCAGAUUGUGGUGUGCAUGCUGUGAUUGUGUCUCUGCUUUAAAGAGCUGCACGAUUUCUAUUCUCUGCAUUUGUGUUUUUAAUGCAUGCCAAGCUUUUUCCUGCAGAAAAUAACCUUUCAGAUAUCUAUAUUUCACUGUAUUUGCCUGCCAAGUCUUUUGCAUGUUCUUUAAACCUAACAUGUCUUUUUUUUUCCUCCAGCAGACAAAAUGCUCUCUGUUUUCUUCUUACCAUGCUGUGCUUGUCUUGUGCGCAGGGAUGAAGGAUGCCGCGGCGGAGCUCCUGGGCCACAGGGAGGCUUUAAAGUGCAGGCUGGGCGGAGGAGGACCUGACACAGGCGGACACUCCGGGGAGCUCGGUCCGGGUCCGGACGGUGUGGAGGGAGCGACGAUGCUCCCCGGUGAUGAUAUCAGCAGCGGCGGAGGAGGAGGAGGAGGAGGAGGUGGACCCAACGCGGUGCAGGUGAACAGCAAAGAGCAGGAGAAGCAGCAGCAGCAACAGCAAAACAACAACAACAACAACCCGAACCAGUCCGGAGGGCAGCAGAGCCAGAAACAGAAGCGGCACCGGACCCGAUUCACACCUGCGCAGCUCAACGAGCUGGAGAGGAGCUUCGCCAAGACGCACUACCCGGACAUCUUCAUGCGCGAGGAGCUGGCGCUGAGGAUCGGCCUGACGGAGUCCAGAGUGCAGGUAGGAGGAUGGAGGCAGAUUUAUCUAAUUUUACCAACGUGGAGGGAUUAAAACAGAGCGCGAGACCAUAGAGAGAGGAGACACAAAGGCUCACGUGCAGUUUUGAAAUGAGGAGUCCAAACAUACAAAGAGGACAGGAUGAGCUGAAUGAGUGUGGAGCUUUCAAACCUGCUAAAAACCUGAUACAGGAGUAAAAACAGGCGAAAAUCACAUUCAAACGGGAUUAAAUACACACUUUGAACAGACCUCUGUUAUGAGCGAUUUAUUAUGAUUAGGCUAUUAGUGUUAUUAUUUACCUGCUGGACAUACAAAUAAAAAUAAACAAGCAACAGACCUCUUUACGGAAGCAUCACAGGAGAAUUUGAUCAAAUAUUGUAAAAGCCACAUGAGGAAGAAACUCAGUUAAAGUAGAAACACGAAAGAGAGAGAGAGAGAAUAAGAGAGAGGAAAGGGCAGACAAACAUCCUAAUUGUGCACUUUUACGCAUUAGUUUUCACAUUUUAAAAACAUCCUCAUAACCAAUAUUUUACCAUCAAAAUCGAUUUAACAAACUGGAAUUAUUUCUUUCAGGAAACAAUUAAAUUUAGCUCCAUUUGGAAAUUACACAGCUAAUGCACACCAGUAACACAGAAGGGACAGAAAAUCAACAAGAAAUAAAACAUAAAUAAGACAGAUUAAACUAAAAUACUUCAAUAUAAAGAAAACCCAAUAAAAAGAAACAAACGUGUGUAAAUGACAUUUAAUAUUAACAUGUUAUCCGUUUCAGAUUCACGGAUUUCUAACUCUUAAGUGUGAACCUUUAAUACAAAGACAUGAGACUGAUACGACUAAAGACGUUUCUUAUCUAAUCUUUCUUAUUAUCUUAUCUCAUCAUCGAUUUAUCACAUUUUAAUCAUAACAAAUUUAAGACUCGUUAAAAGUACGUGACAUUUGAAUUUUUUGUUUCACAAUUAGCCAGAUUUUUAAAAAUUAAUGAAAGGAAGUUGGACUUAAAAGGUUUUUAAUAUCUAUCAGGGAUAAAAUCACGAUUAAUAUUCUAACUAUAAUUAUUAUCAUUAUUUACAAGAUAUCUGUUUAAUUAACAAGUCACUACUGGACCUCACAUGUUCUUCAUCUGUUCAGUAGACUUCACCAUAAUGUCACAGACUGAUGUGAUUGGAAAUCACGUUGCCUUAAAUAUUUUGUGGACGUUGCUAAAAACACCAAACACACUUUUUAUCGCGAUAUUUUAACCUUAAACCGAAAACCUAUAAAACAUCAUAAUUCAGCUUGUAUUCAUUUUUGUUUUAUGAGCCUUUUUUUUUUAAUUAAAAGCUAUUUAAGUGAAUAUAAUUACAGUGCAGGACAAAUAUUAUAAUACACUCCAUCUACACACACACACUCACACAUACACACACACAAAUAUAAUAUGCAAAAAAAUAUGCAAAUAAUAAUGAUAAUAAUAAUAUAAAAAGAAAUGAUUAGUUUACAAUCUGAUUUUAGGUCAGUAUAAAUGGUUUAGCAUGUUAUACACACACAUUUACAAACCUACACACUAGGGCCCGACCGAUUUAUCGGUAAUCGGCCAAAACUUGCCGAUAUUUUCAGGAAUAAAAUGCAGAGAAUAAGAUUUGGUUUCCCUUUGAAAAUGUUCCACCAUUUGAAAAGUUCCCUGACUUAUCCUGUAGAUGGCAGUUGAAAGCGCUUUUCUGGUCUGAGUAUGAUCAGUUGGUCUUCCUGUCGGUGUGAAGAGCAGUAGCCUACAUUAAACUUCAUUAAAAAAAAAUAAAUAAAUAAAAAAUCGGAUGAUCAAUCGAUAAUCGGACCCCCUCACUUAGUAAUUGGUAUCGGCAUCGUCCCCAAAAAAUACAUAUGGUCGGGCCCUACUACACACACAAAUAACACCACACAUUAUACAUCGCGAUAUUUUAACCUCAUAUUUAAAAUUCAUAAAAAUCUUCAGGCUUAUUUUAUUUUUGAACAAAAUUUAAGGAUCCUUAUUUUUAACUUCUCUUCAGUGUGGCCGAUCCAGAGCCGGUUCUCGAUGUGGGUCCAUGAUGAAUCUGGCUCUAAAUGAGGGUGUGAGCAGCUCUUAUGUUCCUCAGACUGAGCUCAUGCUCUCAUCUUCCCUCUCAUAGGUUCACCUCACUCUCUCUGCUUUGUUCCUCUCUGUAAUCACGCUCUCUGUCCUCGCUGACCUCCAGUCUGCGCAAAUACAACACAUCAGCCACACACGCAGGAAAUAUGGACACCCUGCCUUAUUAACUACACACACGGCACGUGCACUUGGAAUAAUAAAGUGGGAUAAUAAUAAUUAUGAUGAUGAUGAUGAUGAUGAUUAUUAUUAUAAACACUACAGCUGAGGCUCAUUCAAUAAGGAUUUCCAUAAAAUAAGAAUUAGUGAAAUGACUCUGGUCUGCUGGGAUAAAUAGGAGCUGGUCCGGGAUCAUUUUAGAGCCACGUGCCUGUCAGAGCUCUGCACGUCUUAAUGCCGCGCGCGCGCUGCUGAGGGUGCACUCUGUCUUUUUUAAACGGGAAUGAGAAAUUACAUUUUCUUUCCUGUGAAGUGUAAUGCAUUUCAGGCCGGAUUUCACGGCUCGAUACACGAAGAGAGAGAGAGAGAAAGUGGGUGAGAGAGUGAGAUUGUCCCGUUCUUAUUACCGCGCGCCACUUUCUCAAGCAAAUCUGCACAUUAAUCAUAGAGGCACGCGCUCAACCACACCUACAGAGAGCUCAAGGACUUCCGGAAUAAAGUCUGUUUGUCACAGCAGAAACCUUAUCUCUAUUAUUCCGGUGCGUGUUUAAAAAAUUGCGCAAGAAAAAUGUUUUUUUUUAAAAAAUAAACGUUUAGAAUUGAGUUUUAAUAAAAAAGGAAAAAAUAAUAAUCUGCACCUUUUAAUAAAUAUGUGAGAACUGUGAACUGAUUCAUAAAAUUACAAUAAAUUCACACAGCUAAAGCGAUCUGAAAUAGUCCCGGAUUUUGGACUUCAAAAUAAACAAACAAAAAAAAAAAAGUUAAUAAUUUUGGUAACACUUUAUUUGAUCUCUGUAACGCAUUAUAAAUAUAUGUGUAAUGUGUUAUAAUCACGUAAUCGCGUGCAUUACUGUUUUUAUAAACACUCAUAAAUGAUGAUAAUGCUUUAUAGCAAUAAUCAUAACACAUUAUAAAAUAAUUUAUCAUGACUUACAAGGUCAGGUAUUAUAAUGUGUUAACAACUCACUGACAAUGCCCACAUAGAUAACGCAAUGCAACUGUUGUUAACUGUUAUAACACAUUAUAAUACCUGACCUCAAAGUCAUGAUAAAAUACUUGUGUUGUGUUAUGUGUUAUGAUUAUUGCUAUAUAGCAUUAUGAUCAUUCAUGAACGUUUAUAACUAUAGUUAUACAGUGCUAUAUACAUAUAUUUAUGUUGCGUUAUAGAGAGGCGUCAAAUAAAGUUUUACCAUAAUUUUCUUUAUUGUUUUGGAAUCAGAGGUCAAGAUGGAGACCAUUUUCAUUAAUUUUUUUGAAACCUUUAGCCUCCAAAAUACAGUAAAUUUAGGUUUUAUUUUGACGACACUGAUGUUACCACUUUUUUAUUAAGCAAAACACACUAAAGUAGACAGCCUUAUAAUAAAAAUAUUCACAGUAAUCCGAAAUUUAUUUUUAAAAUUGAGUUUAAGUUCCAGUUUUAUGCCUGUAUGUGGAUCUGGAUCUUACAUUGCGCGUUGCAGGGAGCUGGUUUACUGUCAUGGCGAACAGACAGGCCUGAUUUCUUUGUUAUUUUAUCACAGAGGAGUAUGAGUGUCAGUGUCAGUGCACCACCAGCCUCCUCCUGACCCCUCACUGUCCGUCCACAGGUCUGGUUUCAGAACCGUCGCGCCAAGUGGAAGAAGCGCAAGAAGACCACCAACGUGUUCCGCGCCCCGGGGACCCUUCUGCCGACGCACCACGGCCUGCCUCAGUUCCCCUCCGCCGCGGCAGCAGCAGCGGCCAUGGGCGACAGCCUCUGCUCCUUUCACGCCAACGACACCCGCUGGGCCACGGCGGGGAUGCCCGGCGUGUCUCAGCUGCAGCUCCCGCCCGCUCUGGGCCGCCAGCAGGCCAUGGCGCAGUCCCUGUCUCAGUGCAGCCUCGGAGCCGGACCUCCGCCCAACUCCAUGGGUCUGUCCAACAUGUCGUCCAACGGCUCCGGGCUGCAGUCUCACCUCUACCAGCCCACCUUCCCAGGGAUGGUCCCCGCGUCUCUGUCCGGCCCCACCAACGUGACCGGCUCGCCUCAGCUGUGUAGCUCCCCGGACAGUGACGUCUGGAGAGGGACAAGCAUCGCGUCGCUGCGCCGCAAAGCGCUGGAGCACACAGUGUCCAUGAGCUUCACUUAGUAACGACAUCUUUUCAUUUUAGUUCUUCUUCUCUAUCUAUUUACGGAGCACCGGGAGGGACAAAAACCAGGAUUCUCGUUCAAAUUACACCUGGCCUUUUUUCUUUUUUCUCCAGACCUGAGGGAAUCUGAAGCUACUGCUCUUUCAUAAGACUGGGUCUGUUUACGCUCUAAUUUAUUAUUUGGCAUGUAGCAUAAGACAGCUAUUUAUUUGUUGAAUUAAUUUAUGGAUUUGUUCUGUAUUUAUUUAUUUAUUGUUUGGCACAUGCAGCCCUUAUUGUGGCGGGGCUUCAGCGACUGACUGUUGGCUUUUGAGGACAAAUUAUGUGGAUAUAAAGAAAAAACAACAAGAAUCCAGCAGACCCCUGUUUUCCACUCUGAAGGGGCCUGAGAGGAUGCACAGUGGACAUGCAGAACAAACACCUGGAGAGGAUUGAAAGGAUCAGGAGUACGAGGAAGAAGAGGAGGACUUGACUGCAUGUGCUAUCCAAGAAAAAUGAAAAUAAAAAAUAAGGGAAAUACUUUAAAUGAAGAAGACCUGGACACUGACUUAACUAUAAUCUGUUCUAUAGGAUGUUUUGUGUAGCGGAAACACUCUUGUUCCCAUUUUGGUCAGUUUGUGAAAAAAAAAAAAAACUUCAGUUUGAAGAUUCUGUCUGUGCUUAUGAUCAAAUCUGACUUUUUAAAUGUUUGAACCAUUUUGUUUCAUGGACAUGUUUAUAAUAUUGAUUCAGUGUAAAUGAUCAAAUAAAAAUCAUUUUCGAUUAUGUCAAA